AUGGUUGCAUUAUCUAGAAAGAGAAAAUCAACACACACAAACCCAAAGACAGUUUCUGCCAAAAGGGCCCGGAGAUCGCACUCCCUGGAAUGGAAGCGUGCUUCAAGGAUGAAGACCAUCAACAAGAGUCCAAAAGGCCAUAGGGAGCCAUUGGAUUUCUUUGUUUGGGGUUCGGGAUCAAUGUGUGAGCUUGGACUUGGGCCGAAAUCAAAGACAAAGGAGGUCAGGAGACCGAGAUUAAACCCAUAUUUGAAAAAGGAGGAAGUGGGGAUAGUGGACUUCGCUGUUGGUGGUAUGCACACCCUUGCACUUGACAAGAGCAACAACGUGUGGUCGUGGGGAACCAAUGACAUGGGUGUGUUGGGAAGAAACACAUCUUUGAAGAAGGAGACACCAUUGGAUGAGAAAGAGGAGGAGGAUGAAGACGAUGAAGAUGAUGAUUUGAAUGAGGCAGAAUCCACGCCAGGUCUUGUUGAAGGUCUUCCAAAGGACAAGAGGAUUGUUCAAUUGGCUGCCACGGAUAACUUGUCGGCAGCAUUGCUUGAAACUGGUGAGGUUUAUGCUUGGGGUACCUUCAGAUGCAACGAAGGAAUUCUUGGUUUCAGCAAGAAGGUGAAAAUACAGAAGACACCGGUGCAAAUCGAGGAUUUCGACAACAUAGUGCAGAUUGCCGCUGGAAAGGACCACUUGCUAGCACUGGACAGCAAGGGUGUGGCCUAUGCCUGGGGAAACGGCCAGCAGUUCCAGUUGGGCCGUAAGAUUAUGGAAAGAACUAGAAUGACCUCCCUAGAACCACGCUCUUUUGGAUUGAAGAACGUCAAGUACGUUGGAAGCGGUGAUUACCACUCGAUGGCCAUCACGCACGACGGCAAGGUCUACACCUGGGGUCUCAAUCAGUUUGGACAGUGCGGAAUUGCAUCCAACAUCGAGGAUGGCUCGAUUGUCAGUCGUCCAACUGAGGUCACCGAGCUUUCCGGUAAGGACAUUGUUGCAAUUACAGGUGGUGAGCACCACACGUUGGCACUCUCAUCGUCCGGCGAGGUGUACGUGUUUGGAAGAUACGACAUGAAGGAAAUUGGUAUUCCUGAGGACAAGCUGCCUUUGGAUGACUGUGUCAAGGACGCUAGAGGACACGUCAGAUGUCUCCCAGUUCCAACUAAGUUGACCAGCCUACCACCAAUCAAAGCUGUCGCAGCCGGCCCCCACCACUCCCUUGCACUCACCAAAGAUGGUGUUGUGUAUGCUUGGGGAUUUGCCGAUACUUUUGCAGUCGGUUUGGGAAUGCUAGACGAUGACGUCGACCACCCAACCAGAAUAGACAACACUGCCACGAGAAAUCAUGCAAUAGAGUUGAUUGGAUGCGGAGGCCAGUUCAGUGUCAGUGCUGGAAAUAGGUUGCCCGACGACAAGGCUGAGUCUAGAAAGGCUUCUGUUGAGAAGUUCGAGGAGAACUUGGCAUGA